UGCUGGUGGUGGACAGACGGAAAUAUCGACGUGUGUCAAAUGUCAAGUUUCCAGAGAGAAAAUGACGCUCCUAAAUCUCUGUUACGGAGGCUCGAGUUUGCAGUUACUCCCAUCGUGUCCGGGGAGUUCAGUCACCACCGGGACAGAGCGGCGAUGGCAUCCCGGGUCUCCUUCACCCAGAUCCGGCUGGAAACGGAGCUGGAGCGCUGCCGGGCCGAGUGCCAGUGGGACAAGAUGCCGAUGAUCAUCGAGCAGAUGCAGGCUGCGAGGUUCCACGAAGACGAUGAUUACGGGACCCUGCUGACGGCCGAGGCGCUGCUGGAGGAGUGCCUGCAAGACAACAUGGACCUAUUGCGGCGCGCCACACCUUUGAGGGAAGAAACCCAGCCCAGGCUGAGCAGGGCCAAAGGUCACCUCAACACCAUCCUGAGCCGAGGCCGCCUCACACCGCGGUACUUGAAUGAGGCUCUGCUGUUGAUGGCCAAAGUGCAUUAUGUGCAAGGCCGCUACUGGGACGCUCAGGGAAUGUGUGCCAGGGUGGGCCUGGAGGAGCUGACACUGGAUGACCAGCCCACAUAUCACCUGCGACUGCUGGCUGAGGCGUUUGUCAUUAAAGGUCUGUCUCUGGACCACCAGACAGUUUCUGCUGUGUCGCGGAUUCGUCUCUUAGAAAGGGAGGAGGAGAGUCUGUCGUGUUACCUCCGGGCCUGCGAUGCUGCUCUGUCUUUCCUGCAGGAGCUCGAUAAGACAGUAACGACGCCCCAUGCCAAGACUGCCAAAGCCAGUCUGUUUCCUCCACUUGUGGACAUAGACCUGGGCUACUUUCUUCAGGCUGCGUUACAGAGUGCUUACCUUUGUCUGCUGCACAGGGGUCAUCUUGCGCAGGGUGCUCACCAGCUCCGUAGGGUGCUCAGGGUGGUGGAGUCACGAGGGUCUCAGAGCUUUAGGAAGGCUGCAGCAAGGAAGUUAGCAGAGGUGCUGCUGAGCUCAGUGAGUGAAGACAGCUACUGGCCCCCACUCGGCCCCCCACCCUCAGCCUGGCUCCACAGAGAGGGAGCCGCUGCCUCCAAAGACGUCAUCUACCCCACUGUGAAACCACCACAGCGAUACAGCAUGGAGGGUUGCUUCUGUCCUCAGGACGUGGUGGAGGAAGCUGUGUUGCUGCUGCUCAUCACAGAGUCAAUGGCCAGCGGGGACGCGGUGAUCAGUCGUCUGCCUGACCAGGCCGAGGCUCGUCAGGCCAGUCUGCAGGAUGCCACCUCUGUCUAUGAUCUGCUCACCAUAGGCCUGGCCAGGAGGGGGCAGUAUGCCAUGCUGUCUGAGUGUCUGGAGCGAGCCAUGAAGUUCUCAUUCAACGAGUUUCACCUCUGGCACCAGUUGGGCCUGUCACUCAUGGCAGCCGGGAAGGGUGUUGGUGCUGUGUCUGUAUUUAAAGAGUGUGCUAGGAUGAGACCUGAGGACCCAUCCCUGCCCCUGUUGGCUGCUAAAAUUUGCAUCGGUCAGCUGCACUGGAGAGACACCGGUGUUCCAUCGAGCAGACGUGUGGUGUGUGUGUGUCCAAGAGACCGCAACAGAAAACACCCGUAUUGUAAGGCCCAGUAUUAAAUACUUGAGCGCCACUUGUCAUCACAGUUGAGCAAACA